AGCAUCCCAAUCCUCUCUCCCUUCUCUGUCCCUUCUCAUACUGGAGCACUAUUCGCAAUGUCUCCCACGGCAGCACGGGCUUUCCUCGCGCUUCUGGUCACGCUCAGCGCCCAGAAUCCACUAUUGACAGCCUUCAAACCACUGCGUCCACGCAAUGUGAAGCUAACAUCCGUGGAAAAAGGCUUAAAGGUGACGUGGGAACCUCCUAAUGAGCUGGAUGGCCGGGCAGUGGACCGCUACAACAUCGGCUAUGGCAAGUCCAUGCGGUCACUGCGCUUCAUCACGGUGGACAAGGAUCGCCGCUCCGAGGUACUAGAGGAUGUAGAGCCUGGAGUCCUGCACUUUCUCAAAAUGAGUGCUGAGAAUGAGGAGGGAAUGAGUAAACCAGUCUACAGGGCAGAAACUCCGGGAGGUGGUGAGUGGGUAAAACUGGACGGGUUUGCUGUUGAAGGUGGAUCCUCUUUCAACGGCUCCACACCAGGGAGGAGGUUGUCAGAAAUCCCCGCUAAGACAAACCCUCACCCUUCGGUGCAGAGAGGGCCACUGGUGCAGCAGAGAGCCCCUCAGUCCUCAUCAGGCCCUGAGGCUCCACGCACAGGCAAAUACCUGCCCAUCCGUCCCCACACCAAACCCAGGGUGGACCUCAGUCAGCCACAAGCUGACCAGCGCAAUACAAACAAGCCCAAACUUGCAUCUGAGUCCAUCUAUGUGGUAUCACUGCAGGCACAGAAAGCCAUACAGAGGAGUGUACCAGUCAACAAGGCCCCUAUGACCAAACCCCCCCCUCCAGAACCUGAGGUAGUUGAAGAGGUGGAGGAUCUCGCAGUGAGAGUUUUGUCCCCCAAAUCUGUCCUCAUCACAUGGGUGGAUCCACUGGUAGAAAAGCAGAAGAACAUUCCUGAAGGCACCAGGUAUUACACAGUGAGAUACAGAGAGAAGGGAGAGUCUGCUCGAUGGGAGUAUAAGGAGACCAGUCAGAGGCGACUCAUGAUUGAGACACUCACUGCAGAUGGAAUGUAUGAGUUCUCUAUUCGAAUCUCCAAAGGGGACCAACAUGGAAAAUGGAGUAUAUCUGUAUUCCAGAGGACGCCAGAAUCAGCUCCCUCUGGUCCUCCUGAGAACUUCCAGGUGAAAUCACUUAGAGGGAAAGGCACUGCUGUAAUAGCAACAUGGGAUCCACCUGAAGAGCCCAAUGGUAAAAUCAGAGAAUACAUCCUCUCCUAUGCUCCAGCCAUGAAACCUUUUGGAGCAAAAUCAGUGACAUACCGAGGUACUAUCACCACGGCAACCAUAGAUGGCUUGACACCAGGGGAUCGCUACAUCUUUAAAAUUCGUGCAGUCAACAGGAAAGGGCAAGGACCUCAGUCUAAAGCUUUUAGUGUUGCACUGCCUGAGACCAGUACUACAAUUUCAAGACCUUCCACACACUCAGAGAACCCCUCCAGAACAUCAGUGUAUGAUGAUUUGGAACACAAGCGUAUAGAAGAGAUGAAAAAGCCUGAUCCUCAAUCCACUGUUGCUUCACCCAUGUCCAAGAAAACUCGCCCCCUCUCUCAGACACGUUCUUAUCACAGUAUCUUCUCUGCUGUGAGGGGCUCUGUCAGAAACUUAGGUUCCAACUCAGGGACAUCGACAAGGUUAGCCCAUGGUGAAAGCAGAAAUACAGAAAGAGAUGAGGAAGAAGUGCCAACAUACCCUCCUAUAAAACAUGAGAUAAAAGCAAAUGAAGCUGGUGAGGAUACACAACCACGAAGUAACAGCAAUGUUCCAUCAAAAUCUGGGGAGGAAGGACAAAAAGCACCUGGACCCAAGGAAUCCAGCUCCAUUCUCAAAAGUUCAUUACUAAACACACAAACUUCACCUCCAAAACCUUCUUCAUCUGCCUCUCUUCCUAAGUCAUCAGAGGGCUACCACAAUAGCCAGUCUUUGACGCCACGUACAUCUUCUGUUGUUAAUGUCAGUCGGAUAAGACGGCCAACCUUUCGUACCUCUGGGUCACAGUUAAGGACUCAAAACGUGAUGUCUUCUAGCUCACCCAAAAGCCAGGAAUCUGCAGCCACAAGGAAAGACUACACAACUAGCGCAGAUCCUGAGGGAAAGGAUUUGUACAAUAAGAUCGGUGUUACAGAAUCAAAAUCAUCCACCCCAUCUCAGGAAACUAGAACUGAAAUAAACAAAGAGUCAUCAUCAUCACCCACUUUUGCUACUGACUCGUCUUCCUCAUCAUCAGCAUCAUCAGCAAUUUCCUCUUCAUCAACAUCCUCUUUGUCACCAUCAUCAUCAUCUGAAACAAGUAGAGUUUCUUCCCCAACAAGUCAUCGCAGUGGUUUAGGGUCGAGUUCUGUUUAUACAAAUAGCAGAAAGGUAGGAAUUUCACCUAGGGGUCACAGACCUCAGAUAGCACAGAGGAAACCUAGUUCAUUUUUAACUGCUUCAUCACAUUCCACAACUUCAACAGGAUCCAGGACUUCUGACAAUAGUGUUAGCUCAUCAAAAAGUAUUCAAGAUACAAAAACUGAUCAAGUUAAUUAUCAUCAUCAAAUUAAACAGACAGACACUAAAAAUAAUGAGUCCCCACCUUCCUUCUAUCAGUCUACCACUACUCAUUCUCCCUCAGCCAAAGAGGAGAAAAAAGAGGAAAGGAAGAACAAUGAAUAUGAAGACAAAGGUGAUGGUAGCUAUGCAAUUGCAUCUCAACUGCCUACUAGAACAAAUCCCAUUGUCACAGGCCGGGCUACUUCUCCAACAAAUAGAAAUUCCAGAAUAUUGUUGGGCAACCGAAGACAAGAUGGCAGAAUCCCAUGGAGCAGGACUGCUUCUUCUGUAAGUGCAGCAAGGCCAAUCCUGAGAGGAAUUCCAUCCCAUUCAGCUGUUUCUGGAGCACAGGACAUUAGUGAUAAAAAUGAAGCUUCCCUCCCAACUUACCCCUCAAAACAAAGGGUGGAACCUACACCUUCCAUACCUACUGUGAUCAGUAAACAAAGAGCUUCAAACAAUGGGCUGACAAACUCAGAUAAUCUCAGUCCAAAUAAAUAUUCAAAGACGAGCAAUGAUCAUGAAGAUGAUUACAACUAUGAGGGCAACAAAGAGACCUAUGAUAUUAUCAAUAAAAAUGUUGUCUCAACUUCACCUCCUAAAACUACUGCCUCUCCUGUUCUCCGAAAGCCUGUUUUGAGUUCAAAUGGAAGGUCCCGUUCUCCCAUCCUAGCAAGUAGACUAAAUGGGUCACGGUUCCCUGUUAAGUUACAGCCUGUACAACAUACAAGGUCUAGCUCCCCUGCUAAUCAAGACACCUCCGCACUCAUUUCAACUUCUUCAUCCUCUUCUACUCCCCAAACCAAUCAACAACCAGCAGUUAUUUCAGAUCGAGGAUCAGCUAUUAGCAGUAAUGGUAAUGCCCGAAAUCCUGUCAUGGGAUCAAGGAUACGCCAGCUAAGCAGAUCUGACUCUAUUUUAAGAGGGAAAACCCCACUCAGUGGUUACAAACCUAGUGAUGGGCAAGGAAAAAAUGGACGACCUAAUCUUACGUCUACAAAUGGCAAAAUUUUGUCUACAUCAGGUGUAAAAACAAAACCAAAUGGAAUCAAAUAUAUCACAGCUCCCGAUGGAAUCAAAUGGGUUGUAGAUCUGGAUAGAGGGGUCUUAAUGAAUGAAGAUGGGAAGGUUUUGCAGGAUUCUAGGGGCCGGCCCAGGAAAGUAGUUCUUGGAGAAGAUGGAAAAACUAUUUUUGAUGAAGAGGGAACCCCAUUGGUAAACCAGGAAGGUGUGGCUCUGUUUGGUCAUGGGAGGGACAGCCGACCUGUUGUGAACCCCAAAGAUAAAUACUUAACUGUAGGAGGGAAGCCACUGGUCGGCUUGGAUCGUCCUAAACCCAGAACUACAACAACAACCACAGCAACCAGCACUACAACUAUAGCUACUACAACUACAACCACUACUACAACCACUCCCGAACCCACCACAACAGAUAUUACAACUCUGGAGCCAACCACCACCCCUUUAUUUCCUACAUGUCCCCCUGGGACAUUUGCAAGGUUGGAUAAAAAUGGAUUUCCUAAGAUGAAUACAGAUGGCAUUCUGGACUGCUACCCAGAUGAGGCUGGCUCAGGGAUGGCACUGGAAUCCAUGGUUACAAUCACUAUGGCACCUGCCGAUGCUUUUGCAAUAGAGGAAGAUAACUUUUUGAUGGAGACUACACUACCCCCCACCACCAUCCAGAUACCCACCACUCAACCCCCAACUCCUGAAACCCGCCCCCUCAACAACAGCCCGUCCUCAGAGCUUGAUGCUUCUGGAAAGAAACGCUUUACAGCUCCAUAUGUGAACUACAUCCAGAAGGAUCCUGGAGCUCCAUGUUCCCUGACAGAAGCCCUGGAGUACCUGCAGCUUGAUGUCCUGGCUGACCUUAUGGAGAAGGAUGGCCUGUUGGCCAGUCAAAAACAACCACCCAAAAACAAACCCCAUAAUAUCACAGUGGUUGCCAUGGAAGGCUGUCACUCUUUUGUUAUUUUGGACUGGGCCCGCCCACUGAAGGAUGACAUGGUGUCAGGGUACAUGGUGCACAGCGCUUCCUAUGAUGAUGUCCUGAACAACAGAUGGUCAUCUCGCCUCUCAUCUGGCACCCACCUAGCUGUGGAGAACCUCAAGCCCAACUCCAGGUACUAUUUCAGAGUCCAAGCAAAGAACGUUUUUGGUCUAGGACCAGUCAGCGACACAUUAACUUAUGUUACAGAAUCAGAUGACCCUCUUCUUAUAGAGAGACCCCCAGGUGGAGAGCCUAUCUGGAUUCCAUUCACCUUUAAGUACAACCAUGCCCACAGUUCCUGUAAAGGAAGUCAAUUCGUGAAGCGCACUUGGUACAGGAAGUUUGUGGGUGUGGUCCUCUGCAACUCCCUGCGCUACAAGAUAUUUAUGGGAGACGCCCUCAAAGACACUUUCUACAGUGUUGCUGAUUCAUUUGGCCAUGGAGAAGACCACUGUCAGUUUGUAGAUUCCUAUCUUGAUGGGAGGACAGGCCCACACAACCUUUCCCUCUACUUACCCACAGCUCAAGGUUACUAUCGUUCAUAUAGGCAAGAGCCUGUAAAUUUUGGGCCCAUAGGCAGGCGUACGCCUCAUACUUUUGUAGGCUGGUACGAGUGUGGCGUGCCAAUCCCAGGCAAAUGGUAACAGAGGGAUUUCUGUAAGCCGGUCACCACUGUCAACCACAUUCCAUCCUACUGCAUCCUCCUUCCUUGUCUGUUUGCCAGUCCCAUACAUGAACGUUUGCUCACCAUAGCCACUGAAUCACAAACAUACUGUUACUGAGAGAAUAUAAUACUUAAAUCAGCACAUUUCUAUAUAAUUAUUCAAAUAUAAAACACUUUUUCAAUGCAGUCUGUAUAUGAGGAAAUACAAGCAUGUGUGCUCAAACAAUUAAUAACAUUUUCAGGGACGUAGUAUCCUCAAUAAUUCCUAAUGAUUGAUAGCGGCUUCUGAUUUUAUUUCUGUCUGGAGUAAUUUAUAUUAUUAUGACUCAAUAUGUAUCUAUAAGAAGUCCUGUAACACAAAUCACAAGCCCAACAAAGCAAUGACUGGGGAUUGCUGAAACCUUACAAAUACAAUGACAUAUACAACAAUGGUGUAACAAAUUUUAAUGAUGUUUUCUUUGUUAUUUUUAAUAACUUUGCUUAUUUUUGUACACAUGUUUUGUACCAUCUUACUUUCAACAACAGCUGGCUUGGAAGUAUUGCCCAUAUAAGGGCAAAUAAAAAGCUCAGGAAAGGAUGAAACUGAAUAAAGGUGCUAUGGAAAAAAUGAAAAGGCUUUAUCUUACAUGGACCCCAUGGCAUUAGCAUACUGAAAACAUGGCAGUCAGAUGACAGUCGGUUGAAAGAUGGACCCUGCCUGAGACUACUCUGACGGUCAUCAGUGGAGCUGCUGGGUGAAUAGUCUGAGCAGACUGAGGAACCUGCUCUGACAUCCUUAUGUGUCUGCAUUUCUGAUCAGCAAGCAUUUGCUAUGUUGACUUCCUGUAACGUGGUCAGCUUGUGGUAGAGUGCAAAGAAAAUGUAACAGAAGAGGCUAACAUCCAUGAAUCAUUCAAUCAGGAUGCAAUAGCCACAGUAUACAAUGGGCAUACAAAAUAUUUUUAAUGAAAAAAGCAUGUUGAUAUUAUACAAUUUCAUGGUCAGACUCUUUUGGUUAAAACUUUAAACAUUAAGAAUGCAGAUUAGCAGUACCUUAUUUCCCAUAUUUUUCCUUUGCAGUUUUUUUUUUACAUAAAUAUGUAUGGUGUUUCAUUUAAUAAUAAUGAAAAAAUAAUGACAUCUACCAAAUUAUGUAAACUUUUUUUUUCUAGUAACUGCCAUGCAGUCACAUAUGUUGUUUUGGGUGGGAUCAUCUCUUAUGUUGACAUCAUUUGUUACAUUUCAGUAUUGAUUCAAUUAGAGUUUGAUGUAAGUCUCUUAUCUCUAGCACCAGCAGUUCCUUAUUCCAUAAAAUUAAAGCACAUUCAUGUUUUACUUGGCAUGCAGGAAAAAAAAUGUACCCAGUACCUCUUUCAGUUGGGAAUGAGAGCUGGCUAGAUAUGUGAUCAUUUGUUUAAAUAGCUAUUGUUCUCCAGUUUGAUGAUGGUAAUUAUCAUUUUUCAUGGAUGGACAAAGCUGACAAUAACAAAGAUAAAAACAUUCUGCACUUACUUCCAUUCCAAAAUAAACACAUGCUACAUACGUCUUCUCAUGUUUCUCAUGCCUUGCUGAAACAGGUUGUCUGAGAUCAAAUUACCAAACACAAAGGUUAGGGUGAUUUAUGACUUAAAUACUAUAAUAAUGUGCAUGUGCUCCUCGCUACAGUUAUAACCUCCAGGCCUCUGAAUGUUACUAUUCCUCAGCUGUCUGUAGCUACAUCCUUGUGGGCAAGUUUGACACAAGUGAAGUUGAUCUCAUCAAAACUGACUGCAAUGGCCAGAUAAAGAUACCUGACUUGACUAAAAUGACUAAAUGACUCA